CUCAGAGCUCACACAUCCAGAUCACCAAAGCUCGAACAUCGAGACCGACAGAACUCAGACAUCCAGAUCAGCAAAGCUUGAAUAUCCAGACCGACAGAGCUCAAAUAUCUUGAUCAGCAGAGCUUCAACAUCCAGACCAGCAUAAGCCAUUGGCAAUAUACAAGGCACUCAUAUGUCUAGACAAUCCUAAGGCAACAGAUAUAUACUUUAAGAAGACCAGAAACAAUUGGCCAGCUGGAUAUAUUUUAUAGAGAAAGAGAUCAAGGAACUUUUUUCAAAGAAAACAUCCAGAGACACGAAAUAUAGUUAGGGCUCUAAAAUUCUUACUGUUUAAAGACAUCUGGUAUACACAGUGCUUGGAACAUCUGAAAAUACCCAGCAUACAGAGAACUGAAAGCAUCAGGUUCAGAGAUCUUGAGCAGCCAAAGACCACAGAUACAAACAGAUCUACUCUAAGUCAUGCUACCUGCAACCUCCAAAUUGUGCGCUGCUAUAUCGUACAGACAUCUUCGCAACAUGACAGGCCUUAGAAGAACUGCAGCAGUAGUACUGUCACACGAGCUGGAGAAACUGGCAAUAGUAGGACCGGGGCCCAGCAAAUGGAUUAAUCAUGUUAGACGAAGAAGCUCUCUACUAAGUUCCAGACUUGAGGAGAAGCUCUACAAUGACACUGAGAUGUCUUACAUCACUCAAGGUGAAGAGGCCAUAAAGAAAUCUAUGAGUAUCCUUGGAGACCAGGAUGGAUGGAAGCUUGAGAUUGUGGCGGGAAAUGGAGAUAAAGUUCUCAGUAAAGUUUUGCCCGAUAUCGGUAAGGUCUUCAAGCUGGAGGCUGUUCUUGAACAACCAUUAGACAAUGUUUAUGGAGAACUGGUGGAUAAUAUGGAGAAAAUGGGAGAGUGGAACCCCAAUGUAAAAGAAGUUAAAAUCCUCCAGAAGAUUGGAAAAGAUACAGUGAUAACACACGAGAAGGCAGCAGAGGCAGCAGGAAAUAUUGUAGGACCACGUGACUUCGUGAGUGUAAGAUGCAACAAAAGGAGAGGGUCAACCUGUAUCCUUGCAGGGAUGUCGACGCGAUUCGGAGAAAUGCCAGAACAGAAGGGAUACAUUAGAGCAGAGAAUGGCCCAACAUGUAUGGUUCUACAUCCUUUAAAUGAAGAUCACACAAAGACAAAACUAACCUGGCUUCUCAGUGUUGACUUGAAGGGAUGGCUGCCAAAGUCCAUUAUCAACCAGGUAUUGUCUCAGACGCAAGUGGACUUUGCAAAACAUCUCCGCACCAGAGUAACAGCAACACACCCCACUCUGUCUCAGAGCUAAUUCUGAUUUAUUCUAUUAAUAGUUGGGCUCUUCACUAAGAGUAGCCAGUGUCUCUCCAAAAUUAUUUCAUGACAAAGUACUUUUUUCUCUCUCAAAGAAAGCAGUAUUUAGAAAGAAUGGAAGUUAUCUGGCUUAGUGGAAUAAAUUAAAUACUGGUUUGAGUAUAUAAAUGUGUCCUGCCUAGGUUCUGAGUGAGCGUUCUAGACUCUUCAACAGCACAACUUUUAGUAUCUGCAAAAAAUGGUGGAGCUCCCAAAAGACCAUGGGAAGGUUAGUGGUGCUACUGGUUAAGUGGACCAGGCCUUGCAGCAUAUUAAACCAAUGUGGUAGCACACCUACACUUCAACCAUGAUCGAUACUGGUGGCCUUUAAUCUAGGCCAUAUUGUUUUACAUUUUCUCCAUUGUAACAUAGUUUAGGAAUGCAUACAUCCUCUGCCAUCAGUGGCUCCUAGACAACCACUGAGCUGUAGUUUUAAAUGUUAAUGAGAUAUUGUACGCGGUCAUUAAAGGAGAUCCUUAAUACUAACGAGGUGGGUGAUCCCUAACUUUAGGUCACAAAUGAUGAUAGGACUCAUUUGAUGAACAGUGAAUAUUGGUGAAAUGAAAACUGGAUAUUUUUACAUUUAGGGCAAAAAUAAGCACAAUAUGGCAAUAUAGACGAUAUAGCUUUUUAGCCAGCUAUCUCGGCAUUUAUUUUGAAAAUUUGGUUUUCUAAUCACUGCAGUUCCCUGUUUAGUAUUAAGAAAACAAAACAAAAAAAAAUGUUACUUUCUAAUUCAAUCCAACUGACACUACAUUCCAAUUUUAAUGAAUUAAAAGGGUUAACGUGGAUUAUAUAUCCUUUUAUCCCUUUGGGGGUUUUCCAUUUACUACUUGCCUAAACCCAGGGUAUAUCCGCAUUUUUCCAAGAAAAUCUACAACUUCCACUAUCCAUCAUAAGUUGGAAAAUUAUAGCUCACCCGCCUUGUGUAAUUAAAGUGGGUUAUCCACUACAUGACACCUG